AUGGCGCUAAGUAUCAAAGAAAUUCAGGUCCUUCUUGGUAUUCUUAUGGAUGAAAAUUUAGAAAACCAUUCCAUCGAACACAUUAUAAGCCAGGUCAAUCAACACAUUUCAAAAUCAAGUUAUUUCAAACUGGGACAUGCCAUUGUUACUGUUAUUGUUAACAGCAUAAUACAAAAACCAAGUCAAAGAAUUGUUGCACUCAGCAUUUUAUAUGACUUGUAUAAAACUGACUCUUUUGCUCAUAAUCCAUUUGGUAUAUUCUUCAUUGAAUUGUUGCAACCUGAAAGUAGCAGAAAAUUUUCAACGCAAGAUGUUAGGCUGAAACCAGUUGAGCGCAGUUUUUUAUCACACCUCAUUGCCUCUAAUCAAGGAAAAGAAUUACUUAAGAAGACCCCAGCAUUUAUCAUCCAUACUGACAACACAACUAUUGCUGAUUUCUCUCACCUGAAACAUUUAGCUGAAGAAUUUGUUUCAGACCAUUUACCAUCAACAAGAAAUCACAUUUCUCCUCUUAUACCUGAGCAUGCUGUAGGAAAUCAGAUAGCAGACCCAAGUGAUGCUAGAAAAACUGCUGAAGCUUUAUUAUCUGAUCCUAACUCUCCAGCAAGAGAUACAUAUAGACCUGAAAUGAUACGACUGGUUCCACCUCUUUAUUUUGAUGAUCAGGAGAUGAUUUGGCUUGAAGAACCUGUGUUGAAUGAACAUUUAGUAGCUUAUGACUCUUCAUUAUCUGUUCCUCACGAUAGUGGAACUGAAGCCAAAAAAUUGAUGGUUAAAGCAUACAAAAAUGUUUUAAGUCUCCAACAACAACAGCUGUUGCUUACAGCACUAGACAAAGAUCCAAAAUUAGUGAAUCACAUUGGCUUGACUCCUAGCAAACUACCUGAUUUGGUUGAAAAUAAUCCACUAGUAGCUAUUGAAGUGUUAUUAAAACUUAUGCAGUCAUCACAGAUAACGGAGUAUUUUAGUGUAUUAGUAAACAUGGAAAUGUCCCUCCAUUCAAUGGAAGUUGUCAAUCGAUUGACUACAACAGUUGAUUUGCCUACAGAAUUUGUUCAUUUGUACAUUUCUAAUUGUAUUUCGACUUGUGAAACAAUCAAGGACAGAUAUAUGCAAAACAGAUUAGUCAGGCUUGUAUGUGUUUUCCUACAGUCACUUAUAAGGAAUAAAAUCAUCAAUGUUCAAGAAUUAUUUAUUGAAGUUCAAGCAUUUUGUAUAGAAUUCAGUCGAAUAAGAGAAGCUGCAGCUCUAUUCCGUCUUUUGAAACAAUUAGAAACGGGAGAAAAUCCAGGACAAUCGUUAUCCGUUACAAAUAUGAGGUCAUGA